AUAAAAUAAAAGGUGGCAUCAUAACUUUGUCAUCAAGGAUCAAGGUGAUUUUACAAGAUCGGUGUUAGCUAAGUAGCUGAAACUGAAAGUUUUCAAAAUGAUUCCUGUACGUUCAUUAAUUGCAAAUAAAAGUUUUGUCAAUGCAGUUGCUGUUCGUAUGCUUGGGCCUAAAAGCUUCUAUCGAGCAGAGAGUACGGUCCCUACUACUUAUGCUGAACAGCGUGCUCACCUUGAAAAAUUGUUGACGGAGGAGUUGCCGAAACCGUAUGAUGGACCUGAACGAGAUCUUGUAAAUUUCCCUAAACGUAAAAGAGCUAUUGAUAUUGGAAAAGUCAGAAUGGGUUUUCUUCCAGAUGAAUGGUUUACUUUCUUUUACAAGAAAACUGGUGUAACUGGACCUUAUGUUUUCGGCACUGGAUUGUUGACAUUUCUUUUGUCUAAAGAAUUUUACGUCAUUGAAGAUGAAUUUUCUACUGGUUUAUCAAUCUUCAUUCUGUUUUACAUUGCUCUAAAGAAAUUUGGUCCUAGUGUAAGCGCUUUUGCUGAAAAAUGUGUUCAGGAAGAAGAAGAUAAGUUCGAGAAUGAAAAAAAGAAAGCUAUGGAUGAUCUUGUGCAGUCAAUUGAAGGCACUAAGAAGGGUGUUUGGCAAAUGGAAGGACAGAAGAUCCUGAUGAACUCUAAACGAGAAAAUGUGCAAAUGCAAUUGGAAACAGAAUAUCGACGACGGUUGAUGCAUGUCUUUGAGCAAGUUAAAAGACGAUUGGAUUAUCAAUUGGAGCUUGUCAACACUCGUAGGAAACUUGAACAGAAGCACAUGGUGGACUGGAUUGUAAAUAGUGUUGUUAAGAGCAUUACACCUCAACAAGAGAAAGAAGCAUUACAGAAGUGUAUAGAUGAUUUGAAAGCUUUAGCAGUUAAAGCACACUGAAUCUAACAGCGAAAAAGAAAAUUAUUUGUGCUUGAAUAAACUCAGUUAACUUUACUAAUUAGAGAAAAUUUAAUAAAUUAAUCUACUACUUGAA